AUGCUCCGCCGCCACCUCCUCUUGGCGGCCGCCGCCUUCAUCUUUUUCCUAUUCUUCCUCCGGCGGUCCGCCGGUGACUCGCCAGUGGCCAUCUCCUGUCGGUCCUUCUGCGGCAAUAUCACAGUCGACUACCCACUCGGCCUCCGGCGAGGCUGCGGCCACCCCGCCUUCAGGGACCUCCUCUUCUGCGUCAACGGCGCCCUCAUGCUCCUCCUACCCUCCGGCACCUACCUCGCCCGCGCCAUCGACUACCCCUACAACGCCCUCACCCUUCACGAUGCCGCCAUGGCCACCUGCGCCACCGCCGGAAUCGGGGGCGCCGGCGGCUUCGUGGUCGAACCAUGGCGGGCCCCGUUCCUAUCCCCCUCCCCCGACACCGCCUUCCUACUCCUCGGCUGCCGCGGCGUGCGGCGCCAUCUCCCCUGCGGGGACGUCGCCGGCAUGGGCUGCGAUAGCUACCGCCGCUGCCCGGCGUGGGAGGCGGCGCAGCCGUGCUGCGCGGUGAGCUACCCCACGGUGGGGGCGGUGAACCUUACCCAGUUGGACUGCGAGGGCUACAGCGGUGCCUACAGCCUCGCGCCGGUGAGGCCCGGGCCGGCAGCGGAGUGGUCGUACGGCAUACGGGUGAGCUACUCCGUGCCGGCGGAGCACGACGAGUCGUGCCGCCGCUGCGAGGCGAGCGGCGGCGCAUGCGGGCACGAGCCGGCGCCGCCGUGGGGGCGGCUGUGUCUCUGUGGGGCGCGGAAUUCUACCUCCAGCUGCGACUCCGGUGAGAGAAAACCGUAG